UAUAACCCUACACUAACGGACAGCUUCGUAAGGAAGUAAGGGUCUGUAGUAUCCAGCGGAGGCUCUUUAUCUGCCUUUGUGUCGGGAUAUCCGGCCGUUUGAGUCAUGCGUCGCCCGUUAAAUCGCAUCCGCUGCUGGAGACGCACUGAUCCUACAAAUCAUCCCCGCCUGUCAGAUAAAUCACCCCAAACAGACUCGAAGGGAUCAUGGGGAGUGUGUUCCUGCCGGCGGACGCAGCCCAUUCGGUGCUGCACCGGCUGCGCAGGGCCAACUUCUUGCUGGAGGAGAUGAAGCAGGGUAACAUCCAGAGGGAGUGCCGUGAGGAGAUCUGCACCUAUGAGGAGGCCAGAGAGGCUUUCGAAAAUGACGAAAAGACGAGACGGUUCUGGGAGGAAUAUGUGCGGGAGAGCAGUCCAUCUGGAGGGCUGGAGACGGUGGUUGGAGGAGUCCACUCUCUUUACUUGAUCGUGCCAUUGCUGCUGGUUGUGCUCAUCAUCGCAGCCGUCGCCAUCACUGUGUGGCGAUGCCACUCCCGCAAGCGCUCGCAGCGCAGCCCCAGUCUUGGACAAUCUCACCAUGACCAUGUCUUGUCAGUGGUCUCUAUGGACCAUUGGGGGAGGGAUUACCACCAUGGUGACCAAUCAGAACUCAGCGUCCACAGCAGCCCAGCUUAUCCAGGCUCAGAGCUCACAUCAGGGAGAGGAAACGUUGGAGACCCACCACCAUCUUAUGAGGAAGCUGUGGGCCAUACAGACGUCCAAAUAGAGACGGAGCCACCGCCGCAGUAUGAGGAUAUAGUCAACACCAGCUCUACUAGUGUCAACGGUGGCCCUGGGAAGUAAACCUGUCUCUUACUUUCUCCCCAACAAAAGCCCUAACCUACACUAAGACCACCUGAUCAUUUCACAGUAUCACUGUUGUGGUAUCACCAGCCUUCCCCAAUCAACACAUACAGAAACACUAUUAACUGUCUGGUCAAUGGACUAAUGCAAUCUUUGCCGGAGCCAGCGCUGUUGAAAUUUGCACUAACCUUUCAUCAACGAGGUGAAGUGUCAGCAGGAAGGAUAUUGCAAUACCAAAACCAACAAACCUCUGCUGAUUUUCCUCAUCUAUGCUGUGAAACUAUAGCAAAUAAUUUAACUCGGCAGGCAUAACAAAUGUUGCAUGUGGCAUAAAGAACGAUGGGUUCUGAUUGUCAUAAUGAAGGACAACCAUUCCAAAAGUGUAUAUCAGAGUUGGAUCGAUGCUUUAUUGAUGGUCAGUGCCAAUUCUUUAGGUUUAAGUGGCCAAAAGCAAAUACUUUGCACUUUUUAAAAAUAUCCUUAAAUUUGACCUCUUUUUAAUAUAAUUGUGUAUAUUGCCUAUUUUGCAAAAAAAAAGAAAAAAGUCAAACUGCAUUGAGAGCAGAAAACAACAAUUCCAGUGAAACCCAAACAAAUUAAAUCUGCAUUAAACGAUUUUUGACAAGCAGGGGCAGAAAGAGAAAAUCAACCUUAUAGUAUCUUGUGCCUAACCUGUAAGCUUACACCUCUCUAGUUACAUCCAGUAGGGUCAUGUCUUGGUGGUAACCCUGGUGCACAAGACCUGCUGCCCGACCACCGAUUCUCAACUUUUCAAUGUCAAUGCCGAACCUCAACCAUCCUGUGAGAGUUUCGCAAAUCCAGGUUACCAUCUAGACGCCACCAUCCAGCAGAAACAGUACUAUGAGCUUUCUAAUGAAGUUUCAUUCCCCUAGCUAACUUGAGUCCAAUAUUGACGUGUGCUCUGGUUUUGUUAGCCAACUCCUGAGAAAAAUGUCUGGCUCUUUAGCCCUCAAUAACUUUCUUACAAAGUAAUUUAUUUUUACCUGUAAAUAGCAAAUCAAAUUUUGUGUAAUUGGCUGCCCACAGUUUUAUACUGAGGGUUAAAGGAAGCAUUGAGACCUGUGCAUUUAGUUAAGUUACCAGGCUACAGAAUUAGGGAUUAUGCUAAUCACAGUUCACCCAUUUGGGUCAGCUAAAGCUCUUACAUACUUUCAACGCAUGUGGAUAGCUGUAUCAAUAGCAGAGCCAUGAUGUUGUUUCAUGGACACAUGCAGCCAGUCUCCACCACUUAUUUAGCUGCAAGGUUGUCCGAUGUGUCUGCCUGUCAUACUGUUAAAAAGACGGCUGAUUUAACCCGCCAAUCAACAUUGGUAUAGUGGCACAAGUCAUGUAGCUCUCCGUUGUGAGCGAUGUCUAGUAGUUGCGCGUUAAAGCCACAAACUUUGCAGAAAAAAUAGCUCAUCACGAUACAUGUGCUAAUUUAAAUGUAUGUUUAAAAUAACUUUUUAAUUGUUCAAUUACUAGUGUUAAUCAUUCAAAAUUCUUCUUGUCAGUUUACAGUUGAGCGGUUAAUUAUUUCUAUACAGAACCAAAACUACUUGUCAUAAAACUGUGAAUAGCUGCAGAGUUAGUUGCUAAUUGUCUUUUUCACACAUAAUCAGUAAUUUGAUUCAUUGUUGAAAUAAAAAAAAAAUCACUUAAUGCAGGUUUAAAUAGUCAAGUUGCCAAACAAAUGCAUCCGUCCAACUUCAGUAUACACUGGUGAAUGUUUUUGAGUUUAAAAUUGAAGAUAUGACCAGCAGCUAUAAAGGGGGCGCUGUAAUGUUUUUUGUGUUGGUGAGUCAUAUGUGCUUAUAUUUUGGUAAUGCAUGCAGCUUGGUCUGUACACCUGAGGUUGAAUCUGGCUCUGCACUGUUUGUUGAUGGUCAGUGCUUGCUGGCCCAUGUCCCUCUCUGGGCUGUUGACAUUUGCUCAGAACCUGCUUUAACUGUGAAAGUCUUUCCCUUCUCUUUCCCCUGAAGCAAAUGUAACAUGUUGGAACUGACUACAGAGUCUUCUGCUGUGCCACUUUCACUAAAAGUACACUGAGGAUUUAUUCAAAUAGGUUUGCAGCUACACCAUAAAUGUAAGUUGUGGAGUGACUUGCACAGGAAUGUGGGACAGAAAGCAAUAGAAACAGAAGCUUCGGGAAAAGAAGUAUGUGAGGGGAAAGAUUCUGUCUUUAACGACACGAGGAACAGAGUUCACGUUGAGCAUGUGUAAUGUACCUGUAUAUACAUUUGUAUAGUCUGUACGUGUGAAAGUAAGUUACAGUGAGAUUGUUUUUUACUGCAUAGGGAUGCAGUGAAUGCAUUAACACUAGUGUAACUAUUAUACAGUAGGUUGUGGAUAAAUGAAGGCACUUUGUGUUUAAGCUCAAAAUGAGCUGCUUGAUGAAAACUAGGACAGGCUGGUUUGACGUCUUCAUCGUCACUCUCGGCAACUACGAUGUCACUGUAAUCCUCUGAAAAAAAGUGCUCAUACUCUAUAUGCAAUGUUGCUGCAUACACUAAAAACCAAAUAUAUCUGUCCAA